AUGGACGAAAUACUGAACGCAACAGCUACCUCUUGGGUAGACCGAGUAUUUACAAACACUUCCUUAGGAGCUCGCCUCUUGCAUCGACUGGAUUGGACCAAUCUCCGACAUUGUUUUUACUUGAUCUCACCUUAUGAAACGGCCGUUCAAAGUCUCGAUGAAGUGCCCAAUUACAAUGUUCAAGUAAGAAAUAGCUUCCAGGGCAAAGAUUACUGUAUUUUCAGGUCAGUGCUUGGUGGGUGACUUUAAUCUUCAUCGAAUUCACAUUAUUAUACGUUUCUCACCAUGAAGACAGGUUUGCAUUGAAUGAUACAAUUACGUCAUUUUGUGCGGGAAUGCUGUCACAAUGCUUCAAGUAAGAAGUAAUUUUGUGUACAGGCCCUGUUGGUCAUCUUUAACACAUUAAUUUUUAAUUUGACAAAAAGAUUGGAACUAAAUUUGAUGACGUAAUAUUAUUUUAGGUUUGGAGGUAGAACAGUUGCAAUUUUCCUCUAUGUUUUCAUUUGGAACAACUUCAGAAUCCUCGAAUUACCAUGGGAUUCCCCCUGGACUUGGAUAUUCUGUCUGAUCUUUCAGGAUUUCCUAUAUUACCUGGGGCAUCGAGCUGUUCAUGGUGGGUUGCAAAUUCCUUCUGCAAACCUAGUGGCUUAAAAAUAGUAUUUUGAAUUUUCAGAAGCCGGUUUCUUCUGGGGAUUGCACACGAUCCAUCACAGCAGUGAGUAUUACAACUUGUCGACAGCCCUAAGGCAAGCGGCUAUUCAAGAUGCAGGCUUGGCCAUCUACGAUGUGUUACAGGCCUUCUGCAUUCCGCCGCCGAUCUUUUUGGUCCAUCGAUACUUCUCGGAGAUCUUUCAAUUCGUCAUGCAUACUAGUGUAAGUUGACAGAGAGAGUGCCGAAUUAAAACACUCGAUUUUUUAUAACUUUACAAGCACCCGUAUCAAACUCGAAAUUGCAUUCAAAGGGACCCCUUAAAUUUUUUGUUACAGAGAGGCUUCGUUGAACGGAGUUUACACAGUAUUUUACAUUAUCUCUUACUGCCCAUGUUUUAGUUGCUGGGAAGCUGUGGCCCUCUCGGUUUCAUAUUCAAUACUCCUUCCCAUCAUCGAGUCCAUCAUGGAAGAAAUCCCUACUGCAUCGACAAGAACUAUGGCGGUGUUUUCAUCAUCUGGGAUCGUAUGUUCUACACUUUCGCGGCGGAAAGACCAGAAGAUCCUCCAAUAUAUGGUCUAGUUCAUAAUGAAAACAACUUCAACCAGAUCUAUUUACAAGUAGGUUCAGUUUUGUACCUCAAGCUGACAAAUUCACAUGACAAAUCACGCGUCAAAUUUUAGUUCCACACCUUAUACGAGAUGUUGUUUGUCAAAUGGCGUAUGCGAGAUGAGAAAGGGGAGCCCAUCUUCAAGACCUGGUUGCAGAAACUGCAAGCCACUUAUUACCCUCCGGGCUGGUUUCCCGGAGUCCGAGUGUUCCCGUUUUUUCAUUGGUUUAGUCUCGAGAAUCCGGCUUAUGGAGUCCCUGAUAUUGAGUACCCAGUCGUCAAGUACAAUCCUCCAAUCGCGGUUUGGAAGAAGGUUUAUUGUGUACUGCACUUCAUCAUCUUACUGUGCAUAUUUAUGCAUUUUGAAUAUGAUCGAAGUGAACUUGGAUAUGCUGACUUUACCUUGAAAUUGGCGUUUUUUGUCUGCACGAUGCAAGGAUUCGGCGCUAUCUUUGAUAGAAAGUAAGAUCAUAGCCUCUCAAAAUUAAAACAUCUAACGAUAAAUUUAUAACCACCCCUCGAUUUUAGAUGGUACGCCGGUUAUAUUGAGAUCUUCCGUGGAAGUGGAGUCCUGGGCUAUUAUAUCUACAAGCUCAUGGACAACGGAAUUCUGCCCAAUCGUAUAUUCAUGAUUACAUUGUUCACAUUAUCCAUGCUUCUUUGGAUAUUUAUGGAAGCACGAAAGGUACACACAAAUUAGAAAAAUGAUGACGUUUUAGGCAUGGUCCGACCCGCAAAAAAUAGCCGAUGUAAAUGUGGAGACAAAUAAACCCAAAAUGGAAGUCAAUGUAGGUCUAAAAUACGAGUUAGCCUUUUAUAUUUCAAUCCACAUUAUAAUAUAACUAAAUCAUGCUUCAGACAGUCUCAUCCCAUCCCAAGCUCGCGAUUAGGAAGAGCGAAAAGGCCUGA